UCAUUGCAUUCCAUUCCAGCAACAUUUAGCAUUCAGUUUACAUUACUUUUUCAUUGCAGUUUGCAUUUUACUUAACAAAUAAUUCAAUAAAAAUCUAAAUACCUUCCACAAAAGAGCCAACAAGCAGCAUGGACGACUACGAGGAUCAAAGUGUCGUAAGCGAAGUGAGUCGCGGAAUGAUGGCCGGUGGUGGCGGUGGCGCUCAUCAUGGUCGCGCCGAAAACACCACUUCCUUUGGUGCUGUAAAAGUUGGCGGUUGGCGGUAUGAGGACUCCACACGUUACAUCGGUGAAUGGGAUCAACGCGGCCAGAAACAUGGUAUUGGUCAUUUACAAUUUCCCGAUGGCACACGUUACGACGGCCAAUUCUCCGAUGGACUGAGUCAUGGCCUCGGCUGUCUAUGGUUCUCCGAUGGCGCCAAAUACGAAGGUGAAUUUAUGCAUGGUUGGUUCCAUGGUCAUGGCAUAUUUUGGCGUUCCGAUGGCAUGAAAUUCGAAGGCGAAUUUCGUGGUGGCAAAAUCUGGGGACUCGGCUUGUUGACUUUUCGCGAUUUCACAAAUGGCUUUCCGCGCAACGAAGGCUUCUUUCAAGACUGUCGCCUGGUGCGCAAGCAACGCUGUCCGGACGUAGUGCAGCGCGCGCAAAAAUGUGCGCUUAUGGCGCGUUCGCUGUGUGACCAUCCGUAUUAGCCUUAAGCAUGCAUGCACACAUGUACAAAACAUACGACAUAAUAUAGCUACACAAACAUACAUACUUAUCCGCAUAUGCGUAUACAUAUGUACGAUGACGUUCCCAUAUCAGUCGGUUCUAUGGUACCGCAACAAAGUGGACUCCAACUAUUAUGUCCACAAACACACUACCAGAUCUUUCGCAAAAAGUACACACGUUUUUGAAAUGCUACUCACUCAAAAAUAAAUAAUGUUCAUAUUAUCUUUUACGAAUAAACGUUGAGGAAAUUAGCCCAAAAUAUAAUAGAAAAA